AUAGCAGAUGACACAUAAAGUUUACAGAAGCCACCUAUGUUCUGUUGAGGCCCCCAAAGUAAGGUCGGGAACAGGAAAAUGCUCGAUUUUAACCAAGGAGAUCUUACAAAAUACAAGCAGGGACUCAACUUUUGAGAAGUUACCGGUCGGUUCAAAGAUAAUGAUGCCAAUGCAAUCAUGAUGGAAAGACUGGUUCAUCACAUAGCAUCACACGAAGGUAUGGACAGGUUUAGUUAGGAUGAGUGAGGAAGAGGAAGGAGCGCUGGCACAGGCACCUAGAACUCAGCCAGAUUGCUACUGCUCUGACGAAGAGGAUGACAAUCAUAUCUGCUGUAAGGGACACGUCAAGCAGUACCAUGAGGACCCAGAAGAAGGGUAUGAGCCGGAUAUAUCCAGCGGUGAUGACAUAGAUGAAUCAGAUGAGCAGGAAAGGGGACAGGCUGCGGGCUUUUCCACCCAGUUGGAAAAGCUUCCGAGUUCCGUCUCGGAAAACAAGUGGAAGAGCGUUUGGGCCUCGUCCAGCAGUGAGGAGUCCGAUGACAGUAUGGGCGGGGAUGUGGGAGACUUGGAACACCUACGCAGGAAGGUGAUUCGUCAAUCAGAGGCCAGGAACUAUGAUGCUGUAGGGGAUUUGCUGGACUCUGAACCGAAGUUGUUGACGGCAGCGGACAGUGAUGGGUAUACACUGCUCCACAAGGCAGCAUACAUGGGUGACAUGGCUCUCCUGAAGGAGCUCUUGGAGAGGGGGGCAGAUAUCAAUGCUAAGACUCACGAUGGUUGGCAGGCCCUGCAUUCAGCAUGCCGCUGGAAUCACGUGGACGUGGCAUCACUGCUUCUUCAGGCGGGGGCGGACAUCAAUGCCACAAGUAGUGGUGGGAACACACCCCUACAUGUGGCAGCCAGUAAUGCAAAUGCCAAGCAGGCCCUUGUCCUACUGCUCAGUAACAGGUACAUCGAUCCAAGCAUUCUCAAUGACUCGUUGGAGAGCGCGUUUGAUCUGUCCCGGCGGUCCGGGCCGCAUUACCACUUGUUUGAAAUGGCGGAGGACUGUCUGGACGUUGCUGGACGGGGGAUGAGUUUCACACACUUUACUGAAGCAAUGGGGAUUGAGACUGUAGGGGAAAAUGACCAAAAACUGGCAGGCAGGAAUGGCGUAACAUCUAACAAAGGUGCAUCCAUGUAAGGAGGGAUUUAUACAGAAAUAGUAGGGUAAUCUUGGAAUCGUUGCACACCAGCUCACCUAGUUUUCUGUGCUGUGCAACUGUAGUAGCAGUAGUAGCACCUCUUACAUUCAGGAAUCAAUACCAAGUCUGUCAAUUGCCAUUGUAUGCUAUUGUGUGCUACAGAAAUGUUAUCAUCAUCAUCGGUCGACGUGAUCGCACAUGUUCCAAAUGUUCUAUCAUUUUACAAAUUUGCACCUCUUUACUGGGUCUAUUAUUUUAUAUGGACAGUCCAUUCAUAAUUCAAUCUUUACCAACAUUAUAACAAAAUUGUUACAGUCUGAAGUAAAGUGCAAAUAGCGGUUACUUAAGCAACUGGAUGAGAUUUUGGAAAAUCCUUCAUAACAUGCAACAUCAUGGUUUUAUAGCAAGCUAAUUUUUUUCAUUGAAUGAGUUGGAAUUUGUCAGACAGGUUAAGUAAUAUAAUUAUGUUCUAGGGACUGAAAUAUCUCAAUUUGUUGUUCCAAUUCUUAAUUGAGACUGACUUGAUUUCAAGCCGACUUCACCCCUUGAAGUCUGUUAGAAGAUCAGUUCCACUGGAUCUACGAGUUUAUUUAGACAGAAAACUGAAAUCACACCUGAAUAAACUCUCUCUAUUAGUAUUAGUCUACUGUAUAGGGAACAUAUGCUUAUUUUGAUCCCUGGACUCUUCAGUGAUUCACUCAUCUGCAGCUUCUAGGAUGAAGUGAGGUGUUUUGUUUGUGGUAGUUUGAUUCAUAGACAUCACAUAUUUCACUCCACGCCAAAAAAAAAGAAGAAACUGGCUGGAUUUCAAAAGCAAUACAUAUGGAGUUAAAGUCUUCUACAAUAGCCAAAAGUUGAUCUGGAAGUGUUUUGAAAGCACUGCUCUGCGCUUCCGACAGACUUCCAAGGGUGUGGUUCAUUCUAGAUACCCAAUAUGUAACGUUACACCAGUGCAAGUUGACCAAAAAGUGUAUUUCGAGCCCUGAGGUUAGAUUGAGCAAGUCUUGACCUUAUUUAACUUGAUCUCUCUCAUUUUGGUAUAAAUCUUAUUAAAAAAAGGUGCAUUUUCAAAGUGCCACAGCAUAACCAAUUAUAUAAUAUAUGCUUGAUUUUCUGGCAUUGAAUUGGUAAUACAUGUAGCUUUAUGUUUUUAUUUUAUCCACAGACAUAAAAUUGGGAUUGUUUGUAUUUGUAUAAUUUGUUUGAUGGAUAUCAAAGGAACGUGACAGAUACAACAAAAGAAUGUUGUGCCAAUGUAGCACUUGGUAUAGCUGAUUGGAUUUGAGCUUGAGUAAA